AUGUCCGCUCUCUUUGACUCGGGUAAUGGCGUCUUGACUACUUCCUCGGAGAUGCCCGUAGCAUUGGAGCUGCGCAGUGUUCCAUUCGUGCAACAAAUAUCGGUAAACAGAGAUCAACCUACCUGGCUGUUCAACUACACCAUCGACGAGAAGAGUUUCUCAAGCGACCUUGGCGACUUGGUGUGGGAAAACCUGCAGAGCCUGUCAAAAGACUGGAUGUACACCGCUAUCAUACAUACUGCGCUAGAGGGCCCGAAACCAGUGUGGAGCCAAGAUGAUUGGAGUUUCAUGCCUGUAUCUUCCGGUGUGGAAAGCUUCGCCUCGGCUGAGAUCAAGAGUCCAGCAGGUAGGGGCAACCGCUCCGUAGAGAGCCUGAGAGUCCAAACAUCCGCGAUUCGUGCUCGACUGGAAUGCAGUGCUGUUGAGUGGCCCAGAAACACGAGCCUGUGGCUUCUGUCGCACAACGACGGAUAUGGACGUAACAUCACUGGACUAGACAACUAUUUCACGAUAGCACGAGUCGUUGACGAUCGCAAUUCCACGACGUGGCUUUCUACCCAAGGCAGCAUUCCACCGUGCUGCGCCAAUCUCACUGGAAACGCAACGUACAAUCCAGCCGCAGUUGCGUAUUGGACAGAGAAUUGGCAGGAAGUUUCUGGCCCCGAAGACAGUCGCGAUUAUCGUACAUCGGGAAACUUUACAGUCAAAUGGAUCCGAGGCCCUGGAAAGAUUGAACGAUUCCUCACGAGUAUGCGCCGUAAGCCGGAUGUAUACAUGUUCGUAUUCCCAGAGCCGCCCGCUAUACAGGCAUUGAACUGCAUGCCUAUCUUUGAGUCGAGCCAAGCAGUAGUUACAGUGGAGCCCAAAACCGGUGUCGUACAGCACUACCGCCUCCUUGACGUUCCUGUUCGGGAGGAUGUCGCUUGGUCUGAUACAUCCCAAUGGCGUGACCCUUACGAAGACGCUCGUUACACCAAUUUCAAUAUCCAUCAUGACCCUGACUUUGAGGUCAAUAGCUCUGAAUGGAGGGCUAGCAGUUUCAAGUCUUAUGACUACAAUAUCAAUACAACUACUAGUUACGGGCCCUUGUUCGUGCAAUGGCUCUUGAAUGCCGCAAAUAUCGAUGGACCUUCCUCUAAGAGUCCACCCCGAACAUACGAGAACUCCCCAAGACCCAACCCUCAAUAUUCAGAUGGCAGGGCCUUCAAUAUGCGAGAUAACACAACAGGUCUUAAUCUCGACUUCAUGUCGUACGCCGCUUACGCACAAGUGGGAUUUGAUCCUACCGCCCUACUGGAUCCGGAAGUCUUGGCUAGAACAUCCUCAACUGUCUUCUCGACCUUCUUUCAGCACUUUGUAAACAGCAACCUGUCUCGCGAAUCCGGCGGUUAUGUCUAUCAACCUAGAGGCAUGGAGCUCAAAAUCAACGCCCCGAUGGACGACAUGCCAAUCCAGUACAUGCCUGAUGGUUCCAUAGCACCAAAGUUCGAAGACAUUGUCCGCAACACCAAUGCAACCACAACAGCGGAAUUAAGCACCAAGGUAGAAGUUCUCCAGAUGAAUCUCGUCGCGUUCUGGAUCGCAACAAGCAUCCUAAUCUGGCUUAUCAUCACCAUCAUCAUCCUCGGAUCCGUACAAAGAAAAUACUACGGCGGUAUGAUGCGCAACAUCGAAUGCAUCGCCGACGUGCUGGUUCUCAUCGCUGGAAGCGAACGUUUACUUGAAGUUAUCAGAGAGAAGGGCUUCGAUGCUAUAGUCAAGGAGGACAAGAUGUUGACGCGUAUGGGAUGGUUCCGAGAUGUUGAUGGGACCAUGCGAUGGCGGAUUGACUUGGUUGAGGAAAAGCAAGUUCAGACGCAGCCCAUUCGUUUGGGUCCUGGGUAUGUUCCAGUGACGAAUGACAAUGAGGAGUGCGACGUAGAUGCUGGGUCUAGUCGUAGCGUCUCCCCACCGGGCAGCAACGACGAAGGUUAUGUAGAUGCUGUGUCGGACGCUGGCGUUGUCAGGUCGAGAUGA